GCACAUCCGGUUCCGCUUGCGCCAAUGGGCUCCGCGCCGGAGCCGGCCGGGGCCGGGCGUGCCUCUAAGAAGCGGAUUCCGGCGGCUCCUCCUCCCUCCGUCCACCGCGGCUGAGAGAGCGGCGGGAGGAUGCUGCCAGCUCUGGCCGCCCAGCGCCGGGGAUGGGGCUUUCUCUACCAGCUCCAUCUGCUGCGGCGGCGGAGCUGGUGCCCGGCGGGGGUGCCACUCGGUCGGGCAGGCUGCCACGGAUGGCAAGUACCUGUCAGACUUGGAAGUUUCUCCCGUCUGCUGCCGUGUAACCAUCUGCCUGUUUCUCCAACCAGUCAAGUAAGAGUUUAUACCUCAGAUGGUCAGAAAAACAGCACAGGGGCACCUGAUGCAAGCUCCUCAGUCGCUGAAGGAGGUGCGCAGAGAACAGCAACAGGCAGAGAUGCUGGCAGUCAAACGCCACCGUUGUUACAGCAGCCAAUCCAAGUAAAAGUGAAAGCAGUGCUUAAAAAGAGAGAAUACGGACCAAAGUACAUGAAGAAUAAUUUCAUCACAGGCGUCAGAGCCAUAAAUGAGUUCUGUUUGAAGUCCAGUGACCUAGACCAGCUCAGGAAAAUCAGGCGGCGGAGUCCUCACGAUGACACUGAGGCUUUUACCGUGUUUUUGAGAUCGGAUGUGGAGGCAAAGUCUCUAGAAGUUUGGGGAAGCCUGGAGGCUCUUGCUCGAGAGAGAAAAAAGCGUAAAGAAGCAGAAAUAGAAUAUCGAGAGAAUUUGUUCAAAAACCAGAAGUUAUUGAAGGAAUACAAAGAUUUCCUAGGAGAAACUAAGCCACGCUCCAGUGCCUCAGCUGUAUUUCUCAGGGGACCUGGAAAAGUGGUGAUGGUUGCUAUUUGCAUAAAUGGCUUGAAUUUCUUCUUCAAGCUUCUUGCCUGGGUUUACACGGGUUCCGCGAGCAUGUUCUCUGAAGCCAUUCACUCUUUGGCAGACACUUGCAAUCAAGCUUUGCUAGCCCUUGGAAUCAGCCAGUCUGUGAGGACGCCAGAUCCAAGUCAUCCAUACGGUUUCACAAACAUGCGCUACAUCGCAUCCCUGAUCAGCGGCGUUGGCAUUUUCAUGAUGGGCGCAGGACUUUCGUGGUAUCACGGGGUGAUGGGCUUGCUGCAUCCUCAGCCCAUAGAAUCGCUCCUUUGGGCCUAUUGCAUAUUAGCCGGGUCGUUGGUAUCGGAAGGAGCUACCCUUCUUGUAGCAAUCAAUGAAAUCAGAAGAAGUGCCCGGGCGAGAGGGUUGUCCUUCUAUCAAUACGUCAUUCAGGCUCGGGACCCCAGCACAAACGUCGUGUUGCUAGAAGAUACUGCAGCGGUUCUGGGUGUGAUGUUAGCGGCUACCUGCAUGGGUCUGACAUCCUUAACAGGUAAUCCGUACUACGACAGCCUGGGCUCACUGGGCGUGGGGACACUAUUGGGAGCCGUCUCAGCGUUUCUCAUCUAUACGAACACGGAAGCACUGUUGGGGCGAUCCAUCCAGCCUGACCAGCUGCAGAGGCUGACAGAGUUACUGGAAAGUGACCCUGCAGUAAGAGCAAUUCAUGACGUUAAAGCCACAGAUAUGGGGAUGAGCCAAGUGAGAUUCAAGGCAGAAGUAGAUUUUGACGGACGGGUUGUGACUCGGUCUUACUUGGAGAAACAAGACAUUGAGCAGCUGCUACAAGAAAUCCAGCAGGUGAAGACUCUGGAGGAGUUGGAGGUUUUCAUGCUUAAACACGGUGAAAAUAUUAUCGACACGCUAGGAGCUGAAGUGGAUCGGCUUGAGAAGGAGCUGAAGCAACGCAAUCCGGAGGUGCGACACGUAGACCUGGAGAUACUAUAAGCUUGGCAGAGGUCGUCUUCAGAGAGGUGUUCCUUCUGGAUCAGCUUUGUGGAGGGGCAAGGCAGCAUCUGACCCUGCCUGGCUUUUGAGACACCGCUUCACCCAAGCUUCCCAAUUUCCUAGAGCUGACAGAAGAGCGAUGGCGUGUAUUGAACUGGAUUGCUAGGACAGCUGCUUCUGCCUUCUGUUCUACACAUGAAUCUGUAGUGGAGACUGAAUUCUGGGGACUAUAUACUUUUAAGUUAUUGAAACGUCACUUUCUGAAAAUACAGUAUACAUAUA